AUGGUCCCCUCCCAUCCGCCAUUUUUCGAAAUGGACCAGCUCAACACUGAGCUGGACAUUGAUCCCGACCUAGAGGCCAAAGCAAGCGGAAAACCACCGCAUUUACCAGGCCACCCUCGCGUGCCGCUGCACGACGGCACCAAGAUUCUUAAUUUCCUAGCCAAGGAGUUUUACUGCUCGGAUCUCGAGAGCAUCUCGGAGCGACUGUGGUGGAUGACGACACAGAAUAGCGGUAACAUCUCGCCACUGCACAAACAGAUUGUUAAGCGGCGCAACAUCAUCGUCACAGACAGCCCCAAGCUACACCUUGUCUGGAUCAACGACCGGAUUUUUAUCAAGCCGCUACCACGGUACAUUGUCUCCUAUGCCUUUUGGCGCGACUAUUUCGCAGAAGCACCGCCCUCCAGUUCUCACGACGACUUUGUCCGCACCCGCCGGGCUGCCCUCGGCUACCUGCGGACCUACUACCAUCUCAUCCAGUCCGAGGCUGACUUCCGUAUCGCACAAGACCCUAAGCUGUGCCUUAUUCCUCAGGGAAUAUCAUGGGAGCAGUUCUGCGACUUUGCCACGCCACUGGGCGACAUUACAGAUAGGCAGGUCUCGGGGCGGUACUGCUACGGCGAAAUCAGGCUGACUCGGCUGAACCUGUACGCUCCGAUUCUGCUACGCAAGAGCCAGUUCCACCGCGUGGAGCACCAGUACGGCGCCUACUUCGCGCGGAUCUACGUGCAUGUGCUGUUUGUCAUUGCUGUCGUGUCGAUUCUACUCAACGGGCUGCAGAUUGUCGUGGGCAUCGAGCAGGUGCGUCCGCUGCCGGAUAGCGAGACGCUUCUGGGCGUGGCGCUCUGGGUGUCUGUGGUGAUUAUGGUGGUGUUUGUAGCGAUUCUGCUAGGGUUAGUAUUGCUACUGAUUUACAAGAUUGCAAAGGAAUGGAAGUUUGCAAUAAGCGACAGAAUGAGGAUUGUCGCUGAGCGGCGGAAGCUUUUACCUCAAGAUACGAAUUGA